AUGGGCCUCCGCGACAAACUCCGCAAAAAGGCCGACGAUGAGCCCGCCCCAGCCGUUCAGAGCCGUCCAGCACCCGAGGUCACUUUCAUCCGCUCUGACACAUUCACACAAGAGAUCAUCGAACCCCCGAGCGCCGGCGGCUACAGCCAGCAGGACUCCUCCUGCCUAAGCCCCAACUCCAAGCCAGACUCGGGCAGCAAACCCCGCCGCAGCUUCGAUGUCUUCCGAAGUAGCCGAAGCCGCAGCAGCAGCGUCUCGGACUCCAGCCAUAGCCAUCGGAGCAGCAGCGCCGGCGCCCCCAGGAAGCGCUUGUCGCAGCGCCUGGGUCUGAAGCGCUCUCCCUCUACCUCGGAGAACCUGCCGCCGGACCUGCCCGAGAUCGUCGUGCCAGAGGGCGCCGAACACGACAAGGAGACGGCCGAGUCGCAGUGGGAGCAGCGCGCGACUAUCCUGGCCCUCGAGAAUGAUAAGCGCCGGAGCAGUCCUGGAACACCAGUUCACGGCGCCGCCCCUCCAAUCCUGCCGCAGCUCCGGCUCGACGGCGAGGCCUCCGCGCAUGAAAUUCCCGGAACAAAGACCAAGGCUGUCUCGUCCAAGGAGAUUGACGAGGAUAUCCAGGAGGCGAUCCGGCUCCAUGAAGCGGGAAAGUUGGAGGAGUCCACGGCUUUGUUCGCUCGGCUAGCCGAUCCGAAGGGAGCAAACAACCCCCUGAGUCAGGUCCUCUAUGGGCUGGCGUUGAGGCACGGUUGGGGAUGCAAACCCGACGCGGAGAAGGCCGUGAGCUUCCUCUCGGCCGCUGCAUCCAAUGCCGCCGAGAUCGAGCAGAUGGCCCUGGCAGCCGGUUUGAAGAGAGGAGGAGCAGCGAAAGGCGAGCUAGUCCUGGCUAUCUUCGAAUUGGCUAAUUGCUUCCGGCAUGGCUGGGGCGUUCCCAAAGAUCCGAUUGCUGCCAAACAGUAUUACGAGACGGCGGCAAAUCUCGGAGACACUGAUGCCAUGAACGAGGUGGCAUGGUGUUAUCUCGAGGGCUUCGGUACCAAAAAGGACAAGUAUCAAGCUGCGAAGUAUUAUCGCAUGGCUGAGAAGGCCGGAAACAAGAUCGUCGGAAAUUCUUGGCCGACCAAGUGA